CUCUUUUCUCCUGCUCCUCCUCCUCCUCCUCCUCUCCAGCAGAAAUCGCAAACAUGGAUACAGCCGGCGUCGCAAUGAUGGUCGGAGGAUGGUUUCCGGGCUACAUCAUGGAUAAGCUGGUCAACUUCGUCACGUCCCAUACUUCCGACCACUGGGAUCUGCUCACUGACGUGGAGGAGAAGCUCAAUGAGAUACAAGCUCGACUCCCUCGCAUCCGAGCAGUGAUCCAUGCAGCGGAGGGUAGGCCGAUCAGGGACCCAGCCUUGGUCGACUGGCUGCGGCAACUCAAAGAGGCGGCCUACGAAGCGGACGACCUACUGGACCAGAUGGAGUACAGACAGCUGGAGGAUCAGGUUCAAGACAGGAGCAAGGUAAGUGCUUUAGCCGCAUCGGCUCUUAGGUUUUUCAAGAACCUAUUUGUUUCGGACGAUGAACUCAAGAGGUUGAAGAAUCUGCUGGGGGAUGUGGAUAAAAUUUACUCCGAAAUCGACCGCAAAAAUGUUGAGCUGAAUGAAGACAAUGCAAAGCACACCGCAUCAAUAAGGGAGACGAGCUCCUUCACUCAGGAAGUGGUGUUUGGGAGAGAUAAAGAGAGGGAAAGGAUACUUGAGAUGUUGCUGAGUUCAGGAAAUGAUGCUGAUUUCCUCAACAAGGGAGCUGGGAGCGGCAGCCAUGCGAGUCUCGGUGUGCUUCCAAUUGUUGGCAUUGGGGGAGUUGGGAAGACAACCCUAGCACAGAUUAUUUACCAUGACCCAAGGGUCGCUGACCAUUUUGAGCUCAGAAAGUGGGUUUGUGUAUCUAAUGAUUUCAAUGUGAAAAGGAUUGCAAGAGAAUUGGAAGCUGAAGAGUCUUCUGAUUAUCGCUGGGAUCAUAUUAGCUUAGAUUCACAGCUAACUAAGCUCAUCCAUGCUACUGAAAGUAAAAGAUUUUUGUUUGUACUUGAUGAUGUAUGGGAUGAAGCUGGAAGAAAGUGGAUGGAGCUUCGAAGUGCCUUGACCUAUGGGAACAGAGGAAGCACUAUUCUGAUAACAACUCAAAGUCCAAUAGUUGCCGAGGUUAUGGGAACAAUGGACCAAAUCGAGUUAAAGCUUUUAGAGGAAAGUGAUUAUUGGAGUCUCUUUGAGCACUGUUCAUUUGGUUCAAGAGUGAUUGAUCCAUAUCUAAGAAGAAAGUUGCAAUCAAUUGGUCGACAAAUAGCUAAAAAGCUACAUGGUUUACCAUUAUCAGGGAAGGUGGUAGGAAGCUUGUUACAUGCCAGGUUGGAAGAACAGUAUUGGAAAAUGAUUCGAGAAAGUGAAUGGUGGGAAAAUGAUUUUCUCUUGGAAAAUAUCCUUCCAUCUCUAGGGCUGAGUUACCAACACCUCAGCUCGAAUGUGAAACAGUGUUUUGCUUUCACUGCCAUGUUCCCAAAGGGCCACGUAUUUGAUAAAGAACAGCUCGUCGAGAUGUGGAUAGCUCAAGGUUUUGUCAGACCAGAAGCUCAGCAUGGAAGGAUGACACUGGAGGAUAUUGGGAAUCAGAUUUUUGAUGAGCUAACUUGUAGAUACUUCUUCCUACAUAGUAUAAAUAAGAGAUAUGUGAUUCAUGAUCUGAUAAGAGAGUUGGCAGUGUAUAUUUCAAGGGAUGAGUGUUUUGUGAUUGAUGAUGAACCUUCCAAAAUUCCACCAACUGCUCGUCACUUGACAGUAAUGAGGACAGCUGAACUUGACACACUGGCAGAAUUAUCAAAGCUUCAUAAAGUGCGAACACUUGUAUUCUAUCGUGAUUAUCAUCCUGAAAAUUUUUUCUCUUUGGGAGAAAAUGGUUCUAGACAAUUUUAUGAAUCACUGGAAAGAAUUUUGAAAACUCUAAAGAAUUUACGAAUAUUGGAUUUAUCAUACAUGCUGAUAGAAAUAAAGAAGCUACCAGAUGCUACCUGUGAUCUUUCACAUCUCCGAUAUUUGGACAUUUCCGGCACUAAGAUUCGGCACCUUCCUGGUUCAUUCUCUAAGAGUUACCAUCUGCAAGUGCUGAAAUUAAAUCGGUGUUGGAUUAAAAAAUUACCAGAAGGAAUGAAUAGGCUUAUCAAAUUGCGCCAUUUACAUGCUGAUGCAGACACAAUUUCUCUAGUAGAUGGGAUCGGGAGGUUGACUGAUCUUCAAGAACUAGAUGAAUUCCGUAUUACCAGGAAGAGAGGACACCAGAUAGGAGAGCUCAAGGAAUUACGAAAUAUUCGAAGGCGAUUAGUCAUACAGAAUCUUGAGUGUGUUGAAUCUCAGGAGGAGGCCAUGGAGGCAAAACUAAAGGACAAAGAAUACCUUGAUCAUCUUGUGCUCAACUUCAAAGAAGGUAAAAGGAGCCAAGGAGAUAUCCAGAAGGAUAUAUUAGAAGGCCUUGAACCUCAUUGUAAUCUAAAGAGACUGGUGAUUCAGAACUAUGGAUGUUUGAAUUCACCAUGUUGGUUGGAGAAGAAUUAUCUUACAAAUUUGGAAUCAAUUCAUCUUAAUUGCUGUGCUAGGUGGGAAGAUCUUCCACCAUUGGGCCAUCUCCCAUUUCUGAUGGACAUAUUUAUUUUCAAUCUUCCAGUCAGAAGAAUUAGUGCCAAAUUUUAUGGGGAUGCUGAUCAGGUCUUCCCUUCAUUGCAAGAACUAGCAUUCCAUACCUUGAAUGAAUGGGAGGAGUUGUCCGAAUCAGACAGUAGGCCAAUUUUUCCUUGCCUUAUGAAAAUGAGAAUAGAAAAUUGCCUUAAGCUAAGAAGAAUCCCUGUUCUCCCUUUGAUAUCAAUCAAACAUCUUGAUAUUCGGAAUUCUGGUGAUAUUGGCAAUGCCCUACCUGACUAUUUGCUAACUUUAACCUCUCUAACAUAUUUGGAGUUACAUAAUUGUGCACAAAGAGCAUCUGUGUCUUUAUACAACCUUCAAUUCCUUGAGUACUUAAGACUGGUUCAAUGUCCGGAGUUGAGCUUAAUUGGUGGAUUACAGUCUCUUGCAAAUCUGAAAGACCUAAUUAUUCAUGCAUGCCCAAAGUUAUUUGAACCUGCACAGAUGCCAGAACAACCAUAUGUUGAACAGGAAAUGAGAUCUCUGUGCACCGUUUGGAUUGAUGAUGAUGUUCUCAAACAUGUUUGGGUAAUACUAGGAAGGACCCCAUGUAUUCAGGUACUCAGAAUCCAUCAUUGUAAUGAUCUUUCUCACUUCAACCCUGAGCAUGAGGAGUGGUUUCAGCAACUGACUUCCCUACAUUUCCUUGAGUUCCACAACUGUUCAAGACUUCGAAAGCUUCCUUCUUCCUUAGGAACUGCCUCCAUCAAGAUUUUAUGCAUUCACCAUUGCCCAAAUAUUGAGUCACUGCCAGAUAAUGGCCUUCCAUUCCUGCUUCGAAAAUUGGAAAUGCACGGAUGCACUAAAUUGAGAGACCGGUGUAGGAAGGAUGAUGGGUCAGAUUGGCCACUGAUUUCAAAUAUCCCCAACAUAGACAUUGAUGGUGAAUUAAUACAAAUGAAAUAACAGCAAUACCAAAUAGACUGGAGAUUGUUUAGUACAGAAUGGAUUCAAAUAGGGAGCAAAAUUCAUAGCAUGAAGGAGGAUGGCCUCAGUAAAGUUAGGGGUUGUUUGCUGAAGGUAAAACUACUCAGAUCAGGACCAAUCAAUUUGAGUUGAGUUUUUAUCAAAGGUUGCGUUAGACAUGUUCAAUUUGAUAAAGGGUGAAGGUGUACCAGGCCAACCAAAGCAAAGAUUUCGAUGGGCUAAUUUGCAGAUAUUUCUUUCUACAUACUAUAAAUGUGAUUCAUAAUCUGAUAAGAGAGUUGGUAGUGUAUAUUUCAAGGGACGAGUGUUUUGUGAUUGACGAUGAACCUUUCAAAAUUCCACCAAUUGCUCGUCACUUGACAGUGAUAAGGACAGGUAAACUUGACACACUGGCAGAAUUAUCAAAGUUUCAUAAAGUGCGAACGCUUGUAUUCUAUCGUGAUUAUCAUCCUGAAGAUCUCUUCUCAUUGGGAGAAAAUAUAAUGGUUCUAGAAAAUUUUAUGAAUCACUGGAAGGAAUCUUGAAAAAUCUAAAGAACUUACGAAUAUUGGAUUUAUUGUACAUGCGCAUAGAAAUAAAGAAACUACCUAGGGCGGUAAAUGAACCAAGCGUUCGUGAGGUACUGAGGUGUUCGGCUUGGUAAGAACUUAUUUAUGUUCGUUCAAUAUAUAUA